CCUCUUUUCGAUGAUGCGCGAAGUCUUUCCUCCUUUAUCCUUUUCGAAAUUCAGCUGGCUGUAUGACUAAGAGUCGGUUAGCACUCAACAAGACUAAAUGUCUUCCAAAUCCUUGAAAAUUUCUCGUACCGGAUUCCGGGAUCAUGGAAGUUCUCGGGGCUGUCGCGGCCGCGGGUCAACUGGCAGGGACAACAAUCACAAUCCUUGAUUCGAUCUCUCAGAUUCGCGAUUUCCUUCAACAUGCCCCGGCUCGAUACCAAGGCUGGCGUGAUGAGCUCUCUGCUCUUAGUGACACGAUAAGCUGCAUCCGAGAUAAUAAGGCUCUGCACACAUGCCAGGUCUGCCGUAUCAUCGAGGGGAUGGCCCCCAAGAUAACCAGGUUGAAAGAGUUGUGCGCGCACUACACCCCAGGACCUAAGCUCAAACUUAUAUCAAGGUUGAAUCAAGCCCGUAAGGCUCGGGUUGUUGAAUGUCGCAUCCUUCAAAAUUUCCAAUCCUUGGAGCACGACAAGACGACCCUCAUUCUCACGAUAAACGCUCUUAGCCAUAAAGUUUCGGCCGGGAAUCACGAAGACGACAACCCAAACAUGUCGAAUCCAAACGGAAAUGGAAGACCCUUUUGGGAUACUACGAGUGUACCGGGAACCCCAAGUUCCGGGACGAACAACGGCGCAAGUGGCCCGCUAGUGGUCAACGGUUACAAUCAUAACCAUCCUCAUGCUCAUGCUCAACCGCAAAACCAUAUGCACAACACCCCGUGGCCUAACAAUUCACCUCACUCCUCUCCACAGUUCGGCAUGCCACCACAGCAGUCAGACAAAGUCGAGUUCGACGGCGUUAAAACAGAGGGAAACGGGCAAGCCGUCGGCAUCAACGGUGUGUAUACAUCACCGAAUCGUCCACUUGCGGCUACAUUUAAGAAUCUCGACACUUCGGGCUAUAACAAUUCGGUCGGGAUUUCGUCAAGCGAUGUCAUAGCAGGCGCUCGAGUUCCUAGCGGCUUCGCACCCGCUGCCCAGAACUCCUUCAAUCCCCAAUCGAACGGCGGAUUUGGUGGGACAUAGAGUGGACCUGGCUCGUCCCACUUCCCCACGAUCUAGAGAUCCAGCUACCAGGAACUACCCUGGUAUCACUGAGGCAUGAUUGGUAACUAGGUAUCACGGCAUAAUAUUAACAGUGAAUCACAAUGGGAUGAUUAUUCGUUUCAUUUGUUUUAUACGCUCUUUUAGGAUCGAAUUACUGCUGGGGUGGGCAAGCCUGGCUGAGGCUUAAAUAUCGGACGCCUCAUUCGUUUUAAUUAUAAGAUUCUGCAUGUUUCUCAACUAGCUAGCUAUCAAUAACACAUGGUUAUCACCGAACUAUUCAUGACCGUCUCCUCGUAAAUACGACCGAGA